AUGCAGCUAAUUCCCAGGGCAGGCACAAGGAAGUGGGCUUCACAGACCUUCAUCUUCACCGACGGGGAGGAUGAGGAACUGAAGAAACGCACAGCCAACGUCAUCAACACCAACUGUUCCGCCGCCCACAGCCGCCAGGCUUUGUCUUGCAAGAUGGCCGUGGAGUACGACAAGUUCAUCGAGUCCGGGAGAAAGUGGUUUUGUCAUGUGGAUGAUGAUAACUAUGUGAAUGUCCGGACCCUGGUGAAGUUGCUGUCUGGCUACCCUCACACACAGGACAUCUACAUCGGCAAACCUAGCCUGGACCGACCCAUUCAAGCCACAGAGAGGAUCAGUGAGAACAAGAUGCAUCCUGUUCAUUUCUGGUUUGCCACUGGGGGAGCAGGUUUCUGUAUUAGUCGCGGUUUGGCACUGAAGAUGAGCCCAUGGGCAAGUGGGGGUCACUUUAUGAGUACGGCCGAGAAGAUCCGUCUGCCAGAUGACUGCACCAUUGGAUACAUCAUAGAGUCCGUGCUAGGAGUGAAGCUUAUCCGGAGUAAUCUGUUCCACUCCCACCUGGAGAACCUCCAUCAGGUGCCCAAGACAGAGAUUCACAAACAGGUGACAUUGAGCUACGGCAUGUUUGAAAACAAGAGGAAUUCCAUCCACAUGAAGGGAGCUUUCUCCAUUGAUGAGGAUCCAUCCAGGUUCCGCUCCAUUCACUGCUUGCUGUAUCCAGACACGCCAUGGUGCCCUCAGAACGUGGCGUACUAGGAGACACGUGUCCCCGUCAACCUCGUCCCAAGUUUCCCUGGUAUCCGAAGGGCUUGUGGGACCUGUAUGUGUGCAUGUGAUUUCCCUGCUGCGAGGCGAGUGGUUAUUAUUGCUGUGGUAAUGCACAGUGUGUGUGGUUUAUAGGCUGCUGUGCGGCCCUCUCAUCUCCCCGUGCAGGCUGAGAAUGCAGGUUUUUGUGGUGCAGUCUGCCUCCUCCUCUGAUAGGCCAGGGUAGGUGGGGAAGGCUAAGUCCUGAGCACUUAACCUGUGUGGCACAGGGACCAAGCUGGCUUGUGAAGGAGAAGUCUCCUGAACACCAGCCAGCAGGUCUUUGCCUAUUCCUUUGCAGUGUUUGCAAUUCUCAUAGGAUGUAUGCGGAACAAGCAUGGGCCUGGGCCAGAUCUUUACUGCCAUUACUUUCUUUUUCUGCUGGAAUUUUACUUUAAAAUGGUCCCUCUCUCCCAGUGUGCCCAUCUCUUGCUCCCCUUUAUUCCCGCUUCCCAUAACCCCAACCAGCUUUAUUCCCCUAGCUACCCCCUUAUUUGCUUGCCUUCCCCAAUUCUUCAUCCUUCAGCUCCAGAUACUUUUUAAGAUGAAAAUUCAUUGAUAAUAGUUGUGGCAGAGGGGUUAAUUACACCCCUCUGCUCUGCUUUCUUGCCUCCCUCCAAUGCUGGCUUCUGUCCUGGGGGGAACAGGAGAAGUUUGCUGGCUCCAAGGGCAGUUCUCUGCCCACACUGGAGCUGAGUCCAGAAAGUGCCCUGCAGGAAUUGUGUACUUUUGUUGUGUUUAGAGCUGGAUUCUUAGAAUCUCAGCUUAUAGUAGCACUGAAGGGAGACAGGUUUGGGAAAGAGGAGCAAGGAGAGGGGUUGGUGGCCAAAGCCGAGAAUCAAUGUUAACUCUGUUCACUGGAGUUCCCUAUGCCUCACUGAAAUAUUUUCAGUACUAUAAAGCUAUGCAGUAUUUAUAUAGGAUAAUUUAAAGACAUUUAUAAAGGGGGGGUUUACAAAGAAAUGCAUACAUGCUGUGUCCAUGUUUAUGCUAUAUUUAUAUGGAGAUGUAACAUCUCCCUUCAGUGCAAAGCCUCUGCCUACUUUGCCUUUGGAGCAUCUUUGCGGAGGGGAAAAAGUGUUCUACGUGGUUUGUCUCUUACUAGUGUCUGUCUGGGCCAAUUAUUAACAUAUGUGGAAUGCACUGGUUAUGCCAGUUUAAUGCUUUAGGUUCAGUGGAGUGAAAACAUUCAGGCUGGGCCUGUCCAGGGGAGUUAGCUGCUGAUGCAGAGGGUGAAUAAAGCAUAUUUGGAGGAUUGUGACUAAGGGUCCCACUGCAGGUUGAGUGUGCAGGUUCUAGUGGUGCAGUCUGCCUCCUCCUCUGACAGGCCAGGGUAAGUGGGGAAGGCUAAGUCCUACAGUGGAGUUAGUCCUGUCUCUAUUGUGAGAGCAGCAUUAGCCCCCGAAAGCAUAAGUCUUUGCCACAGCUAUUGGUCCCCACUCUCCACAAAGUGUGAGGGAAGAAGAGAUGUUGGGCAAGCAACCGGCAAGAAACACCAUUUUUGGAGACUUAGGGUAUAUGUUGGAUCAGGGCUUCUGGUCUGCUGAAGGCGAUAGGAGGAAGGAUAUGGGCCUAAUGCUGUGGAAACUCCAUUCUCAACAUGUGGGGAAGGAAAUGAUUUACAUUGCUCAACUCUGCUCCCUCUGGUCAGUGGAGGAUCGGUCAGCUGAAAAGGUGACAACCGCGUAGUUCGCUCAACCCCUCUGCUCCCGUAUGAACGUUGACUUGACUAAGCCUCCUUUGCCAAGGGAGAUGAGGGCUAAUUGUUCUCUGCAUGGCUAAGUGGGCAGAGGCAGAGCGGAAUGUGUCCAAUCAGAGGCUGAGUGAAAAUGGCCCAUACUGGGUGCGUCUGUAAAUAUCUUAUUGCGACAGUAAUUUUUUUUUACUGUGCUGUUCUUUACAUUGAGAAUGAUGUAGGGUUGAAAGGUUUUUUUAUACAUUUUCUGUGGAUCGGAAAAAAACCCCAACCUUCUGAGAAUCUGUUUAAAAAUGAAAUUGAAAUGUCUUACAACGGAUCACUUAACCUUAAUUUAUGGGUUCCAGUAUCUGGAACCUCACUCUGUACUUAGCAUAACUAGUAUGUGUUUAAAAGAAAUAGAUUGGAAAAGAAAUGACAAGGACAACAAUGUUCUCAGGGAAUUAAACCUGAUAGUUACCGUGGAAACCCCAUGGUAGCCAUCAUUCUUUGCUUUCAAUAAAGCAGCUUAUUUGCGGA